GAGAGGGAGAAAUAGACCAGCAGUUUUAUGAAUAUGUGAUCUGAACUUUUCACUUUGUAAAUAUUUCAACUUUAAAACACUAAUUUUUUGGACUUUCGUCCUUGCACAUGUAAAACAUUUUUUUAUUAAUACUGACUUUUGACAUUAGAAGGUAGUUUCAUAACAUAUGCUGAAAAGACACCAAACGAAUGGCUGUGACUCAAGCCGUGUUGCCGUCAUUCAGUUCUUUUUCAAACUUCUGCGAUGCAACGGAAAACAUGAAGGCUUGGAAGUUUGAAAAAGGCCUUUUGGAUCUGAGUCUAAGUCAAAGCACUGGCUGUUUUGAACCUUCACAGACAGAACCCAAUAACGACCCUGAAGGAUGCUGGGAUAUGGAGUUUCUACUUUCUGACUGGGACAGCACAUCACCGGAACGGUCCAACGCUCAAAACUACACUUCCACAAGACCAGCCCUGCAAGACCAGGUUCACGGUCCCAAUCUUUACCAUGUUCAGGAGCUGGAUGAACAAAGGGACGACGCAAGACUCAACAAACACCAAGUUUCCACGCCAAGCUCUCUGGCUGAGCUCCUUCCUCAUGAAGCAUCCUUAAAUUCUUCAUUUCCUGACCUCUACAAUGGAGGAUAUUUGGAGCAGCACCAAACGGGGAAAUCGUUCUCACCACCAGAAAACCCCCAUCAGAUCAGUUUCUCUCAUACGAAUGACUUGGACAUAACAAAUGAGAGAAGCAACGUAGGAAAGGUGAAAUCGUGGGAUUUUGCACAGUACCCCCAGUCUGUACCUCUGAUACCCUUCACUGAAUCCAAAUUUGUGGCCAUGGACACGCUGGCAUUUCCUCCACACCAUCACUAUAGCUUUAUCCAAAACUACUCGCACCCAAGACACUACCAACAGCAAGUGACCUACGUCCACAGCCAGCCGACCGGCCACUACACGGGCGCACAGUGCAUGGCUCCUGAUUCCACAGUGCCAUCUGCAGGUCAGGAGGGGAAGCGCGUCCGGAGAGGGGUGGUGAAGAGGAGGGUGACCGUACACAGUUGUGAAUACCCAGGAUGCAACAAGACUUACACAAAGAGUUCCCAUCUCAAAGCACACCUUCGUACGCACACAGGUGAAAAGCCGUACCACUGCACAUGGGAUGGUUGCGGCUGGAAGUUCGCCCGUUCGGACGAGUUGACGAGACACUUCAGAAAGCACACGGGUCAGAAACCAUACGAGUGCAUGCUGUGCCACAGGGCCUUCAGCCGCUCGGAUCACCUGGCAUUACACAUGAAGAGACACGUGUAAAAACAGACCAACAGACACAUGCAAAAAUAGAUAUGCACUUAUCUGGUCAAUGCAUGUGUGUGAGGGAAUUUCAAUGUCUUUGAGAGGACCUGUGUUCAGCAGGUGAGGUGCUCAUAAAGUGUAUUAAAACGCUGUUUCUUUAUAUAGACAUUAAACUGACAUGUACAUACUGUACAUUAUAUAAUAUAAAGGGAAUAAUAAAGUGGGUCAAUUCUUGUUUCAAUUUAAAAAGGGUUUAGUCAGAAAUAAGGAGCUCCGCAAUUGUAAUUAGAUAUGGUACAAAUAUCAUUUGUUUCCAGUUUGGAGCCUUAAGCUAAACUGUAUGAUUUUGGAAACUGUAAAAAAUAUAUCACAAUUACAAAAUUAUUUUAUUAAAAAAAUCACAAAAUUAUACCUGCGAAAAAGGAGAUUCUGAAUUUUAGUAAGAAAGACAUUUGUUCAAAAUUGUUUUGAAGAAUUUGAAUUAGGAUUAUUACAUAUUCACUGUAAAAAAGUGCACUUACAUUUUUUAUAAACUUGGAUUUAAAAAUAAUUGUAACUUUUAUUUUUUAUCUUGACUAGGGAUGAGGUGCUGUAACUUGUAAAAUAAAUUAAAUUAGCUUAACUUAUUUUAACUUUAUUUUAUUAGUUACAGUAAUGCAUCACUAGUCAAGAUAAAAAUAAAAGUUGACAUGACUUGUAAAUCCAAGUAGAUUAUAUUUAAAAAUGUAGGUGCAAAUCUUUAUUACAGUAUACAUACACAGUAAAAAUUGUAGCAUAAAGUUAAAACAACUUGAUUUUGCAAGUCCAUUUCAACUUACUAUUUUAAGUUUUGACCUGUGAAUAGUUGACAUAACUUAUAAAAAGUAGUUGAAGCCGUUUAACUUAAUUUUAAGUUAAAGUAGCAUAAAAAUAUAUGUUGAUUUGACAAAAAUUGAAUUUUUUUUACAGUGUAUGCAUGAAUAAUAUUAUAGCACAUAUAUGUGUUUGUGUAUAUAGCUUAAUGUGUGAAUAUUAUGAAAUUACAAAACCUAAAAAAAUACAAUAUACUAUUAAAACAGCAGGUAUAAUGUGCAUUUUACAUCUCUAGUGCGCUUUGUAUUUUUUGUGAUUUGUUUUUGUAUUUUCAAUCUAUAAUUUUCUAUUUAUUUUAUGUAUUACAUAUCGUGUGGAAGUUAUGGAAACCAAAAGUGUUUAUUUGUUAGCUAUUUAUAAUCGCAAAAAAAAAACUCAAAAGAAAAAUAUAUAUAUUCUGCUUGUAUGUUCCUUUGUAUGUUAUUCAGUAAUAAAGCAACUACAACUGAAAUCUGUAUGUUUCAUUUUCAACCAAUAGAUGGCAAACUAAGAAUGGAAAUUUAAAGGCAGUAGUUUACAAAAAAAGGAAAAUCAUUUACCCAACCCUCCUGCUUUUCCAAACCUAUGACUUUAAUUCCUUCAUGGAAUACAAAAGAAGAUAUAAGCAGAUUUUUAUUGCUUGAAAUUAUAAAAAAGAGCAUUGUCAACAUUUCAACUCUUGUAUUAGAUUAAAAGAAAGGGCAUUUGU